CAAAAGGCACAUAUUAGUUGUAUAACAAUAAAUUAAGCAGGGACUUUCGACCUUUUGUGUGUGCCACUGUAAUCGUUUUAAUAGAGGAAAUAAUUUGGAGGUAUUAACGUGACAUAUGUGGCAUUGUUUUGCCGGUCAAUUCGGUGUGGGAAGUUUUUCUUGAAUCCACACUUCUGCGAGCCGGCCUGCAAAGUGUGUUUAUGUAUCGAAUGUGAAUUGAUGAGAAUUUAUGAGGAUUUAGGCUGAGAGUGUUGGUGUGUUUUUUUUUUCUUCUUUCCGACCCUCUAGCAGGAAAGCGCGUGUUCCAUUUGGCAAAUGAAGACAUUCUCUGAGAUUUAUGCCGGUCAGUGACCAAUGUAAGAAUUUCUUGUCACGCAUUCAAUUAAAGUAAUUAGGAUUCCUGUGUGUACUGAAAUUGUCAUCCAAUCCUUGUCGCAUGAUUUAACACAAUAAUCAGACAUCAUUCGAAGGGUGGUGGAAUUUUAUACCCCCCACACACUAAGCGUCAAUGUGAAUAGUGAAUUAAUUAAUUUCCUCCAGAGUUGUUGCGGUUUGUGUGUCUAUGAACAGUGAAUUGUGGUGUAAUAAUAAUUGUUUUGGAGCACAAUUAACUACGGUGAGGUGUGUCGAGAGCUCGGCAGUUCACAAAGCACUCGUUGUGCUGCUGUUGGAGAUCAAAGUGUGAUACACAGCUGGAGAAUGAGCAUCAUUUUGGGAUCUGCCGCCUCUCUUUAUGGCUAAUUUCGCCGAGGAUAUGUAAAGGGGCCAAGGAGACGCCAGGACACGGACAAGGCGAGGGCAAUGCGUCGCAAGAGGCCCCCGGGCGGCUUCCUGCUCUGUGGACUCCUCAGCUGGACAAUAAUGAUGAAUUUCCUUCCGAUGUGCUUGUGCCUCAAUCUCGAGGAGAGGAUGAAAGUCGUGGGCAAAGUGCUGAAGGAAGUGCCUUUAAUCGAUGGACACAACGACCUGCCGUGGAACAUCAGGAAAUUCCUGAAGAAUCAACUCCGCGAGUUCCGCUUCGGUGAGGAUCUGAGGCAAAUCUCACCGUGGUCCACGAGCGUCUGGAGUCACACGGAUCUGCGGCGCCUGCGGGAAGGAAUGGUGGCUGCACAGUUCUGGUCCGCAUAUGUUCCGUGCUCGUCGCAACACUUGGACGCCGUGCAACUGGCGCUGGAGCAAAUUGAUCUCAUUCGCCGUCUUGUGAGUCUCUAUCCGCAGCAUAUGUCACUCGUGACCACGGCCGAGGGUAUCGAUGAGAGUCAUCAGGCUGGCAAAUUGGCAAGUCUAAUUGGUGUGGAAGGAGGUCACGCAAUUGGGACCAGUUUGGGAGUCCUCCGGAUGUUCUAUCAACUCGGUGCUCGAUAUUUAACCUUAACGCACACCUGCAAUACGCCAUGGGCCGAUUGCUGCAAAGUAGACGAACCGGGGCGGGUGCCCCACAUUGGGGGUCUCUCUCACUUCGGCACGCUUGUCGUCACAGAAAUGAAUCGGCUGGGGAUGAUGGUGGAUCUGUCUCAUGUGUCAGUGCCAACGAUGCUGGACGCGCUGGCCACAUCGAAGGCUCCCGUGAUAUUUUCCCACUCGUCAGCACAUGCAAUUUGCAACAGCUCCCGAAAUGUACCAGAUCACGUCCUCAAGCGAAUUGCGGUCAACGGCGGACUGGUCAUGGUUGCCUUCUAUCCACACUUCGUUAGCUGUGCCGAGAGCGCCACGCUGAAGGAUGUCGUAGCUCACAUAAAUCACAUUCGGGACGUGGCCGGUGUGGACCAUGUGGGAAUUGGGGCAGGAUACGAUGGUGUCAAUUUGGUGCCGAAGGGGCUGGAGGACGUGUCCAGGUAUCCGCAUCUGCUGGCGGAGCUGCUGGCGUCCGAGAAGUGGACCGAGGAGGACAUUGGCAAGCUGGCGGGCAGGAAUCUCAUCAGGGUGUUCCGACAAGUGGAGCAGGUGAGAGACCAACUGGAGGCGCAGGGAAUGCCGCCCGUGGAUCAGUCGAUUCCGCCUGAGGACAUCCUGGGCCGCUCGUACUGUCGCUACUCAGGGCCGCGCACGUGAUGGUAAAGGAAGCCCAUCGGAGCCCCGCACACGAUAUCAUGAACAAAAGUCUAUCUUCAGAACGUAAUGUGAUUUUAUCGCCCAACCAUCAGACAGCGGAUUGUCGCUGGGGACAAUUGGUCGGCCGAUGGCGCAAUUCAGCGCCACGAAGUCGAUAUCCAAACGAGUUUUAAAACAAUAUAAAAAUUUGUAACAUGACCAAUUUGCUGUACAUAUGCAGAAAGUGACGAGCCCGCACGGAAAAGCGGGUCAGCGAGAGGCGAAAAAGAGCAGAGAUGGCCGGAUUUUUUUUUUUACCCCCAAUUCUCCUCCAUAUGCAAAUUUUGAUGGUGAUAUAUUGCGU